AUGAAGGAUGAGGAAUUUGUCACCAGCUACUGUGCCAGGACUAUGGAGAUCAGCAACAAAAUGCGAUUUCAUGGUGAGAAGAUGGACGAUGUCACCAUUGUGGAGAAGAUAUUGCGUUCCCUAACACCAAUGUUUGAUUAUGUCAGCUCCUUGCUGGUCCAUGAACAGAAGAUGAACCGAAGUUCAACUACAGAAGAGCAAGCUUUAAAGGCUUCUACCUCUACUCAUUUCUCAAACUCUAGAGGAAGGGAUAGAGAUCGAGGUAAAGGAAGGGGAGAUCGAGGCAAUAGAGAUGGCAGCAGGUUGCCUAAAGACAAAGAAAAGGAAGCGCAAUCAAAUUUUGCCAAAAAGAAAGAAGUGGAAACUUUGUUAAUGGUUGUUCAAGCUAAUCAGGAACCUGAGUCUGAUGUUUGGGUAAUGGAAAAGGGUGAUAUUGAGAUAAGAACCAAGAAUGGUUUUGUAGAAACAAUUUCUAAUGUCCUUUACAUUCCUGACUUGAAAAGCAAUUUGUUAAGUGCUGGUCAAUUGCAAGAAAAUGGUUAUGUAAUCAUUAUUCAAAAGGGUGUUUGUGAGAUUUAUGAUCCUACUAGAGAAGCUAUUGUUGUUGUACAAAUGAGUUCAAACAGGUUGUUUCCAUUGGAGAUUAAAAGUGUGCAAUCUUGUUUGGUAGCUGACAUAAAAGAUCCUUCUUGGUUGUGGCAUUUUCGUUAUGACUACUUGAGUUUUGGUGGAUUGAAGACCCUCCAACAGAAAAAUAUGGUGACAGGUCUUCCUCAGAUUAUUAUUCUUUCCUAA